AGUGCGGUCCAUUAUUUCGCGAUCAUUUCUUCAAAAACCUUGGUGGUACUAACACGUUCCACUGUGGUGUAGCACAGUUUCUCAUCGUGCUGGUUGGUUGAAGGUGUUAAAGUAGUUAUGUUUUGAGGAAAGAGAGAGAAAGAGAGAGGGAGCGACAGAAAAAGAUUAGUGGUCUUUCGGGAAGAAAUGAAUCUCCAUUGUUACGUAGCGUGAACAUAGCCGGAAAGGAAGCAACAGUCGGGAAAUUGAACGCAAACAAAAAGCAAACAAACGUCACGCAAACAAAGCAUAAGUUUGUUUUUGAGGUGCAAAGUGUGUGGACGAAGUCACCAAAGUGUAGACGGUCCGGUCCGUCCGGGUGCUCAGUGUUUGCCAGUGAGAAGAAAGUUAAACGCUUAUGUGUGAUCAGUAGUAGCAGACCACCAACUUGAAGUACAAACAAUCAAAGUUGUUGAAAUAAUUUGUUGUGGACUUUUUUUAAGUUCUUUCACAUUGUGCUAUAAAAUGUGUGCUCCAGUGAGAUAGUACAUUUUAUUACCAGUGUUAUGGUGUUAUAUCUUAUUCACAGCGAUUCGUUGCUUUUAUUAGUAAAUUCUACUUUGGAACAGCAUCCGUGACCGAAUGGUCAUUAAAUCGUUGUGACUUUUGUGGCAUUCAUUUAAUGAAGCAGUGAAUCAAAGCAUUAAAAUUGUUUUUAGACCGUGUAUACCCGAAAAUACUGACUGUUUAUAAUAUUAUGUAUUGAUGUGAGCUGAUGUGUUAGUUAAAGUUUGGUUUUUGAAUAAUACAGAAUGCUGGUGCCACUAGCAUUGCUCUUAACAUUCAUCUUGCGGAUAGAGAUCCAUGCGGAGAGUGCCGACACCAACAGACACAAUCAAAAUGAUUUAAAUCCGCUAUGGCAACAUCAACCUGAAGCAUCGAUUCUGCCAACGAUUGUGCCCGGAGAACAGGUCUAUCCUCAUGGAGUGGUCCGGUAUCAGCACAUGAUCAACAACUCACCGAACAGCAAUUAUUUUGUGUACUACACAGACAACAUUGCUGAUCAACAAAGACCGCAGUAUUUGCAAGGGUACAGUAUCCAAAACAAUGAUGCUUCGCCAGGAAUGGUUGCGUACAGCUCAAACUCCGUUCCUAUCCAACUAGUUACGUUAGUUCAACCGGCAAUAGGAAACCAGGAAGUGCCGAACGUUACCGACAGUACACUUAUGGACGAGUCUGGAAUUAAAAAGCUCGUUUCAAGCACUCAGAAUUUAGUGAGCAAUGAAGAUGUGGUGGACAUUAACAAUGCAGAAGAAGGUAUCACGGAGCGUGCGCAAAACGUAACCGAAGCACACUCCACAGCAGACGAUAGUGUGCCAAGCGAAAGCCAACAGUCGGAGAAGGCUGAAAGCUUUGAUCAACCCAUCGUUGUCAGUGAUAGUGAUGCGGCCGAGUCGAGCGGUAUCCAGCACCGCCAGCCGAACGACAGAUCAUCACACGCUAAGCAAAUCAAUGUAGAAAUUCUAGGCGAAUCGGAAGAUCACAACAAUGGGCAAUACUUGAAGGAAACCACCAUUUUAGCAACCAAACCGGCCGAACCGUGUGAUGAGAGCGAUAAGGCAGAAGGGAUUCUGAUAACCAAGCAGGAAGUUACUACCUUUAAUCCAGUGACAGUGACAGGCCUUCGUGGAUCAACUGCGGGACGAUUGAGCAACCGAUACAAGAGCUCGCAGACGACAGCAAAUCCAAAUAUAAUAAUUUCAACAACCCCGAAAAGUGCUCCUACCGUCGUUACGGUAGCACCCAAACCGGUGUCCUCUCGGUACUUGGCUCCGAUUCAGGCUGGCCUACGUUUGUCGAACACAGAAAAAGCUCGGGCCGAAGACUGCCGAGACGAUGGUGCUCAGUUGAAGAAGGAGCAAACGGUCGUCGAAGUGCAGAAAAGUGUCAAUAUCAAAAACAUACUGAUUAACCAGGAGACCCCAAAUUUCCGCCAGUUUGGUAGCAGAACGAAGAUCAUCAAGCAGCCUGUGUACGUUGAGAAGCCCGUCGAUCAUAUCGUGACGCAACCGGUGUUUAUCGAAAAACCUGUCGACAGGAUCGUAAAGCAGCCCGUGUACGUGGAAAAGAAGGUACAGCAGAUCGUAAAACAACCCGUAUACAUCGAAAAACCCGUGCCUGUACCGGUCGAUAGGAUUGUGGAGAAGCCGGUAUAUCACACACGCUACGUUGACCGACCGAUCCCGAUCGAGCAUCAGGUUCACGUACCAGUGGAGAAGAUAGUCGAAAAACCGAUCCCGGUAGAGAAAAUAGUGACGCAGCAAGUAAAGGUGCCCUACCCGGUGGCACACAUCAUCGAUCGGCCGGUAGCUGUAGAAAAGAUUGUGGAAAAGCCUGUAACGGUCGAAGUGGCGCGCUACAUCGAUCGUCCCUAUCCGGUAGAGAAGAUCGUUGACCGUCCAGUACCGGUAGAGGUGCCGGUAGAGAAAAUCGUCGAAAAGGUUGUUGAUCGCCCGGUGGAGGUAGAGCGUGUCGUUGAAAAACACAUCCAGGUCCCGGUACCGGUAACGGUGGAAAAGGUUGUGGAAAAGAUAGUCGAUCGUCCCGUGCCUUAUCCGGUUGAGAAAAUUAUUGAUCGCCCGUAUCCAGUAGAAAAGAUUGUGGAAAAAAUUGUUGACCGGCCAUAUCCAGUGCAGGUGCCGGUGCAAGUGCCGGUCCAUUACCCGGUAGAGGUCCCCGUCGGUAUCCCGAUACCCUACCCGGUGGAGAAGUAUGUUCCGCUCCCGAUUCACGAACCGAAACCAACACAUUCCAUUAUAAAAACGGUGCACCAUGAACAUUUCGACAUUGGCAAGUUCCUGGCACAGAAGAAGAAACAUUUCGUAGACCAUUUCUUCCCCAAGUCACACCAUCCUUCGAAAGUGAUCGUAGAAUCUCCGGGAAAGUAUGUUUUUCAGCCAAAUUUUAGAUAUCCCAAAAAUGAUCUGCAUUACGGAGCAUCAGCAUCGAUCCCGGUAAUUGUGGAUGCUAAUCAUCUGAAUGUACAACCACACUUUUUGCACGAAAAACACAACUCCGGUUUAGGAGCAGUUUUUAAUGGUGAUGCUUACGCAGGCAACUUCGGCUACAUUCACCACGAACCGGUGGUGAAGGAUGAUUACGUGGGGCCUACACCGUUGCUGGACGACCAUUGGGCAGCUAAGAGCGAUGUGAAGUUUAGACGAAGCCCUAGCUAUGGCAAGAGUCUACGCAUCGAAUACGGAGGAUUUAAGCCUCCAUUAGUGCCAUCGGUGGAAAUAGACGAACACGGCGUUCCCUUGUCAAAGACGAACAACUGAGUUCUGUAAGAAUCGUCUGAAUAGGUUUUGGUUAGCAAAUUACGGCAGUAGUUUAAACUUUUAAACGUGUUAACUAUCUGUUUGUUUUACUUAGCUGCGAGCAGUUGUGUGUUUUCUAUUUAUUGUUUUCGAUUAAGCCAAUAAACGUUGUUCAGUGCGCUAGAUACAAAUAUGUUGGAAAUAUGUAAUAAAAUGCGUUUUUCGUAGAGGUUUAUACAUUA